AAUUUUCAAGUUUGCCAGGAACGAUGAGCGGCGGUGGAGCAGGCAAGGGCCGCACAACGACGGCGAAGGAGCGCAGUGUCUUUGUCGGAAACAUUCCUUACGACGUCUCGGAAGAGACGCUGAAGAACAUAUUUUCUGCGGUGGGACCGGUGGUGAAUUUCCGGUGCGUGGAGGCGCUUGCUUGGGUCGACUGACUCUGACGCGUGCGUAGGCUGGUGACAGACAGGGAUUCUGGCAAGCCCAAGGGGUAUGGUUUCUGUGAAUAUGCCGACGGCGCGACCGCGUUGAGCGCUAUGCGCAACCUUAACGGCACAGAAGUGAACGGCCGGAAUUUACGCGUCGAUUUUGCGGAUGGUGGCGAAACACAAAAAUCUGACAGAGGGGACAGGACGGCGGGAGUCAGCGGGGAAGCUCUCAUCAAGAGCAUCGAGAGCGCCGUCGCGUCCCAGAGCCGCCUCGCGCUGUACGACAUGCUGUCGGCGUUCCAAGAGUUCGCCCGCGCUUCUCCAGAUGCCACAAAGCAUCUUCUUGGAGCCAACCCCGUGCUCGUUCAUGCUCUCAUCGAGUGUUUCAAGAAACUGAACAUUUCCAUGACGUCGUUGCCCCCUGUGCUCAAGACGCCGCUAAUCCAACAGUACCCCGGCACUAGUCACAGCAGUAACCCCCCAAGAGGUGGAGGGGGUUCGCGACUGCCCCCGCCGCCGCUGUCGGGUGGAAUUCUUGGCUUUGCCCCACCCCCGCUUCAACACCAACACCAGCAGCCGCCGCCGUCAUCUGGCCAUACCAACAUGAUGAUGUCGAGCUCGCCCAUGCAUGCUCCUCCUCCUCCUGUGGGCCGAUCGGUGGCGCGGGACCCGCGAGCCCAGCGACGAGACCCGCGACUGGCGGCAAAGCGAGAGGGCGGCGCACCCAUGGGGACGGACACCAAGCGGUUCAAGCAGGAGCCAAUGCAGCAGCAGCAGCCCCCGGACAGCGUCGUGGCCGACAUGGCGCGAGGCAUGACGGCGGAUAAACUGUCGCUGCUCCCUCCCAACGAACGACACAUGUUGAUUGCGUUCAUGGAGCAAAAUGGCAUCCCGUACUCGUCAUAAACACUGUCCAAGAUAUUUUCACACUAAAUAACGUUGUUAAAUGCCAUUGGCUACUCCAAGCCGUUUUCGUGGGUUUUGAUUGGCUAGAAAGGAGCAUUCCCCAACAAAGCAAAAGCAGAAAAUAACAUUUCGUG